AUACAUAAUACUUUCUCUUCAUGGACAUCAAUCUUUAUACAUUCAGUGAAGGAGAGACCUCCGGGAAUAAUCUAGAAUCCAAGAAAGAGUUGUGAACGUACCGCCGUCAAAGCAUUUGCAACUCAAUACAACUACCCAAUGAGUCGCGUGCUUGGAAGAAGACCAUUCAGGUUCACCUCCAAACCCAUCAGAUUCGCAUCAUCAUCAAACAACAAACCCCAUCUCAAUCUCCAAAAGCCUGCAACCCUAUCCUUCCGCACCAUGAGCUCCACUCUCGCAAGCCGCAUCCCCCGCGAAACCUGGGACUCGCACAUGCACAUCGUCGACCCAUACAACUACCCCCUAUCCGCCACAGCCGCCUACAAACCGCACGCACACCUCCUCCCAGACGCCCUCUCAUUCGAGUCUUCGCUCAACAUCCACAACAUCGUCAUCGUGCAGCCGUCAAUCUACGGGACCGACAACAGCUGCACGCUCGACGCCCUGCGCGCCAUCGGCCCCGCGCGCGGCCGCGCAGUCGUGCAACUCGACCCGGCCACCAUCACGGCCGCGGAACUCGACGAGUGGCACCGGAUCGGCGUGCGCGGCGUGCGGUUGAACUUCAAGUCUGUUGGUGCGGCGAUCGACGAGGGCGGGCUGCGUGACACGCUUGUGCGGAAUGCCGAUGUGGUGCGCGGGUAUGGAUGGGUUGUGCAGCUGUACAUUGGUAUGGAGAACAUGCCCGUGCUGGAGCGCAUCAUAGCUUCGACAGAGGCGCUGCGUGGUAUCAAGUUUUGCAUUGAUCACUUGGGGCAUCCGACGUUGCCUGCCGGGAGUCUGGUGCAAGGGACCAUGCCAGAUCCGUACGCGUUGCCAGGUUUUGCAGCGCUUGUGAGGCUUUUGAAGGCCGGGCAGACGUGGACGAAGUGUAGCGCUGCAUAUCGCAUCGAGAAGGAUGCGGCGAUGCCGUGGACGCAGGCCAUGGCGAAGGAGGUGAUGAAGCAGGCUCCGGAGCGCGUGGUGUUUGCUACCGAUUGGCCGCAUACGCGCUUUGACGGAUAUGAUGUUGUGCCGUUCGUGGAGCGGUGUCUAGAGUGGUGUGCAGGAGAUGAAAGGUUAGCCGAGAAGCUCUUCAGUGGAAAUUGUAAAGUACUGUUUGAUGUGUAAUCACAAUUGUAGCACAUCAUAAUGAAGUCCCGACCACCAUCAAUUCGUUGUGAAGUGGUCAUGAUGAGAUGUAUUGCAAUGCCAAUA